AUGCAAGCACCGAGUCGAACACCGGACCACAAUUUGAACACUCGUCAUAUCAGAACUCAAGACAAAGUAUGCCAUCAUUGGUUACAGGGUAAAUGCAGGUUUGGAUCGACCUGCAAGUUUCGCCAUGGUCUCGAGGAAAAGGGGAGACAAAAGGUACUUGGGUGUAUAUCUAUUCAACGUCCUAGAAUUAACAAUUAUACACGAAAGACAUCAAACCAAGCCUCUAUCGCAGAUGUAGGGAAAGUGGUACCAGGAAAUUUACCCCUGAAUCAGUUAGUGGUCCUUGAUAAGGAAGAUUUAGCUCAUCAAGCCUUCAGUAGGGGGCCGUUAAGCAAGGAUUUGAACGUCCGUGACAGAAGCGCUCGCGAUUCUCCUCAGCAUAUUCAAAGUAGCAAUUCAAAUCUUCCGUCGUUUGUUCCUGGUAUACGGAAUGCGCAACCCCGUAGCACCAAUGUCGACACCAAACUAUGUUGGGACUGGAAAAGUGGAAAAUGCUCAAGAGGCGAGAGGUGUCGUUUCAGCCAUGUAGAUCCUUUGAAUGUCGAGCGGACAGCAAAUCAGGCUCAGGAGAUACAGAUUCGUAGAGAACAGGAUGCGAAAGUCGUCGAACGAUACCCUAUAUUGGAUUCCAGCCUGGUAUCCUUCGGUGCUGGAUUGAACAUUCUGAAAAUCGUUGCAGGCUUCGACUUAUGCACCAUGAGAGUGAAAAACCUUCCCAUGGAUGCCAGAACGGAGGAAAUUGAAGAUAUUUUUCUUCAACAGGGAAUAUCAAAAUCGGAUUUCUUCGUUCGGCAAGUUAAGGUCGAAUUGGACAAACGGGAAGCGACUGUACUGAUCAGCUCAGAAUAUGGGACUACUCUUACACCGGGUCUUGAGGGCAUCCCAUUCCGCAAUGAAUAUUUGUCGUUCACAUUGGAUAACAAUACAAUCGGCACCAGCAUGGAUACCACGACACACAGUGCCCCUUUCGUGAUUGUUUCAUGGAAAAUUCCUUCCGAUACGAUAGUUGCUGGGUAUCAUAGCAUGGAGCAAGCGCAGACCAUGUCACAAAAAUUGAAUAUGACGACAUGGAAAGGCCGUCAGAUUCGCGCUGUGAUGAACGAGCGACCACAAGGGGUCGCUGGGUUGAGAAGUUUUAAUCCAGCUUCCGUCAAACUCAUGAACCUUCCGAUUACUGGGUCUGUCCCACCCGAUUUCCAUCAAUUCACGGGUACAAUGGACCAUAAAUUACUGAAGUCAUCCUCAUUCAAUAUUGAGGAAUCCCACGCAAGAAUCAAAGAGCUUCUUGGCGAAUUACCUGGUGUCCUAAAACAUUCCUAUGAAGUCAUAAACGUUGGCACCACAGACACAUCUGGCGAAGCCAAAGUCAAAGUGCAUUUCGAGGAAUGGGAAGAUGCAAAAAAUGCCCACACCACAAUUAGCGAGUUAGAAUGUGGGCUGCAUAAGCCCACCUUUAAGCCAUGGUUGCCCCCCAAACCUCUGCGAUAUACAAUCAAGAUCCCUGCGCAGCAAUAUGAAGCGUAG